GGCAACGUGUGUGUGUGUGUGUGGAGUUAACACGCAGCGCCGGGAAUAGCCGGAGUGUUCCGUAGCUUUCGUCUCCAUGCCUCUGAUACAAGGGUUCAUUUAUGAAAAAGAGUACUGUGCGAUUUAAACCAAAAGGAUUUUAGCUGUUAUAGACACUGGAACUCUGGGACUAGGACAGAGUUCAGAGCGUCAGUUGAGGACCAUGUGGUGGAUGAGAGACACGGUAACAGAGAGGACCCCAGUGACACCACCGCUCUACUACAGUCACAGCUGAAUCAUGGGGAAUGUGGAAAGUCAAAAUGGUGACAGCGGUUUCUACGGAAACGAGAAAGGUCACCUGUCCCGAAAGCACACGUCCCGAUCCCUCCGCCUCUCCACCAAGCAUCAGCAGCAGAAUCCCAGUCGACACUCCCUACGACCCUCGGCAGGAAAAUCAGAACACCGGAAUUCCGAAGCCAGCACCCGCUCCUCCAGCACGCCCAGUAUCCCACAAUCCUUAGUGGAGAACGGCCUGGAACCUUUUAACCAGACAGACGAGCUGGGAGAGUUUGGAAUCAACCCCCAUUGGACUGACCGCGUCGCCAUGACGAUGAGGCCUUCCGAGUCCUUCCCGCACGACGACGACGACCUCACCGGAGACCCCUCUUUAGCCACGCCUACUCCGGAAACCUCAGAGGCGGACACGAUCGCUCUGGAACGUGAAGGAGGAGAGGAAGAAGGAGGGAUGAUGUACCUGGUAGAGGGGGUUGAUGUGGAGAGAGAGAGAGAUGGAGGGAUGGAUGGAGGGAUGGAUGGAGACGUGCGGUACCUCCAGAGGGUGAGCGAGGGGCCGAGGGAAGGAGGGAGUUUUAAGAAGAAGAGGUCUAGAUCAGCUGACAUGUGGAGAGAGGACAGUCUGGAGUUCUCUCUAUCAGAUCUCAGCCAGGACCACCUGACCUCCACUGAAGAGAUUAUAGAUGGAGGAGAGGAAGAGGAGGAAGAGAGGGCCUUACCUUGUUCCAGAGGAACUGCAGGUUCUGCAGAGAGAGCCUCAUCACUAGACCACCUGUGUAGUCAGCAAAGCCCGCCGGUUCUGCGAGGAACACGUAACCGUUACGCCAAGAACCACCGGGACGGGGAACGCACCACCCACAGAGGGAGGGAUGGAGAGGGGGACGAGGGGCUGAUCUCCCCCCAGGAGGAGGAGGGGAGCGGGUAUGGGGCUUUUACGUUACCCUGCCGGAGGUCCCACUGUCUGUCUGAAGGUCUGCCAGGUCACCAGGUGGCGCCGUGCCCGACCUUCCAGGGCCGACGUGCACAGACUACACAGGACAUAUCAGGCGUGCUGGGCAGUGAGUGUGGCGAUAGCGGUAUCGACGGGGUUGCCACGGAGAUGGACGGGGAGGCGGGGCCAGGGUCGCGGCGCUGUAAGGCCAUGUCGGCCUCAUUCUCCGUUUACUCUGCUGCCGGGAGCAGCGUGUUUAAUGGGAGUGACAGCGGGAGCAGCAGUGGAGGAGGAGGAGGAGGAGGAGGAAGGAGAAGAAGAAAAGGAGGGUGGGGAGUGUAUGAGAACUUCCAUCAGGACUUUGAGAAUCAACACUGGACUCGUCGGGGGCGUGACUGCGCGGAGGAGCCGGGCUCAGCUGAGAGUGACGAGCGGAGCAGCGGCACACUAAGCACGGCUUACCCAUCGGACGCUCUCAUUGGCUGCUGUGCGCAGGGCACGGUGAGGAAGGCGGGAGCUCUGGCAGUGAAGAACUUCCUGGUUCACAAGAAGAAUAAGAAGGUGGAGCCAGCCACCAAGAGGAAGUGGAAACAUUACUGGGUCUCACUCAAAGGAUGCACUCUGUUCCUGUAUGAGACAGACGGGCGGUCGGGGAUCGACCACAACAGUGUUCCUAAACAUGCGGUGUGGGCUGAGUACAGUAUCCUCCAGGCCGUGCCUGAACACCCCAAGAAGGACUUUGUCUUCUGUCUCAGCAACUCUCUAGGGGAUGCAUUUCUCUUCCAGACGUCGGGCCAGACGGAACUGGAGAACUGGAUCACAGCGAUCCACUCGGCGUGCGCGGCGGCGGUUGCUAGGCAGCAUCACCGGGAGGACACGGUGCGUCUGUUGAGGGCGGAGAUCAGGAAGCUGGAGCAGAAGAUAGACAUGGACGAGAAGAUGAAGAAGAUGGGAGACAUGCAGCUGUCCGCUGUGACCGAUAACAAGAAGAGGAAGACUAUAUUGGACCAGAUCUUCCUGUGGGAGCAGAACUUAGAGCAGUUCCACAUGGAUAUGUUCCGGUUCCGCUGUUACCUGUCCAGUCUGCAGGGAGGGGAGCUGCCCAACCCCAAACGCCUGCUAGCCGUCGCCUCCAGACCUACCAAGCUGGCCAUGGGACGCCUCGGAAUCUUCUCCGUGUCUUCCUUUCAUGCGCUGGUGGCGGCUCGUACGGAGAGAAAGCGAUCCCAGGCUAUGCCCCGCCCCUCUAGUAAACGUCGGAGUCGCUUCUCUUCCCUCUGGGGGCUGGACACCACGUCUAAGAAGAGGACUAAAGGUCGACGCAGCAUCAACCAGGUGUUUGUUGAUGGAGGGGAACCAGCGAAGAAACCACUGGAGAGGAUGUUUGAAGAUACGGCUAGUGAGAAAUCAAAGGAGGAGGAGGGUUCGGUGAAAAGUCUUCCCCAGGACAACGUGGACAGUGAGAUUUGGGUUCCUGACUACCUGGCCCCAUCCUGGGUGUGUCUACCUAACGAGCAGCCUGUACUAGCCGUCAUUCAACCAGGGGAGACUGCACUAGACAUACUGGACAACGUCUGCAAGGCCUAUAAACUGGACCCGUCUAGCGUCUACCUGCGUCUGAAGGUGUGUGUAGAGGAACAGCUGCUGCUAUAUGUCCCCAAACCGGAGGAGGACGUCUCUGAUCUGCUCUACAAAGAGAUUGAGAUAUGUCCCAAAACCACCAAGCUGAUCCGCUUCGACAAAGCUGAGUCCUGCACAUUGGGAUACGGUUUCUCAGUAGCAGUAGUAGACGAGGAGGGGACCCAGCAGCUCCAUAUCACUGAAGUAAAAGCAGGAGGACUGGCUUCCGCUAAAGGCCUGCUUGUGGGUGAUGAGAUCAUGUUGUUAAAUGGUAAACCGGCAUCGGCUCUGGGGGUGGCGGAUAUGAGGUCAGCGUUCGUCGGCCCCUCGUUGUCCCUGAGCGUGAGCACCUUGCCGACCCUUGACCCCCGCGACCUCUGCCCUUUGCCCCCUCGACGCUCCAACACAGCAGAACACAACACCUGUACAGACAUCUACUCCCAGAGCCAAGAGGACAUUCUGGAUGAGGUAUCAGGGUUGACGGUGGUCAGUCCAGAUGAUACUCUGCAGGAGGGGUCAGUUCUGGGUCUGGAGAACACAGGACACAACCACGCGGACUACACUGAGACAGGACAGAAGAGUACAGAGCAGGUGACUGCAUUCUGCCGGAGUCUCCAUGAGAUGAAUCCUUCCGUUGUUCCUCCUCCGUCUUCCUCCUCCCUCUCUCCCAGCCCGUCGAUGCCCCUGCCACCGGCGGCGGGCACUGCCAUCCAGCGACAGCUGUCACACGCUGACAAACUACGCAAGGUCAUCAGUGAACUGGUGGAGACUGAGAAGACCUACGUUAAAGACCUGAACUGUCUGAUAGAGCGCUACCUGACCCCUCUGCAGAAGGAGAGCUUCCUCACCCAGGAUGAGCUAGAUGUCCUGUUUGGUAACCUAGGAGAGAUGCUGGAGUUCCAGGUUGAGUUCCUGAAGACUCUAGAAGAUGGGACCAGACUGGUAGCUGACCUAGACAGGCUGGAGAGAGUAGAACAGUUUAAGAAAGUGCUGUUCUCUCUGGGUGGAUCGUUCCUGUACUACGCUGACCGCUUUAAGAUCUACAGUGCUUUCUGUGCCAGCCACACCAAGGUCCCCAAGGUCCUGGCCAAAGCUAAGACAGACGCAGACUUCAAGGCGUUCCUAGCAGAGAGGAACCCUAAACAGCAGCACUCCUCCACCCUGGAGUCCUACCUGAUCAAACCCAUCCAGAGAGUCCUGAAGUACCCACUGCUACUGAGAGAGCUGUACUCGCUGACUGACCCUGAGAGUGAAGAACACUAUCACCUGAAUGUUGCGAUGAAGGCCAUGAACAAGGUGGCCAGUCACAUCAAUGAGAUGCAGAAGCUUCAUGAGGAGUAUGGGGCAGUGUUCGACCAGCUCAUCAAUGAACAGACUGCAGACAAGAAGGAGGUGACUGAUCUGUCCAUGGGAGAUCUUCUCCUCCACUCCACCGUGGUGUGGAUCAAUCCUCCAGCCUCCCUGGUCAAGGGCAAAAAGGACCCUGAGCUGGCUACCUUCGUGUUCAAGACAGCGGUGGUGUUUGUAUACAGAGAUCGCUCCAAGCAGAGGAAGAAGCUUGGAGGGUCUCAUCGUGCUUCCGUGUCAGAUGACAGAGAUCCGUUCCGUUUCCGUCACAUGAUCUCAACAGACGCCCUACAAGUCCGCGCCAUCACAAACUCCGAGGGUACAGCGGUAUGUGAGAUAGUUCACGUGAGGUCAGAGUCUGAGGGGAGACCAGAGAGAACCUUUCACCUGUGCUGCAGUUCUGUGGACAGCAAGAAGGACUUAUUGAAGGCAGUCCACCUCAUCCUGAGAGAUAAACAACGACGUCAGCUGAUGAAGACUGACUCUCUACCCCCCAACCAGCAGUACGUCCCCUUCGGAGGCAAACGCCUCUGUAACCUGAAGGGAAACAGACCAGCCAUGAACAGAGCAGCCUCAGCCCCGUCUCGGACCCUUGGUCGCAGGAAGCUGGUUAGGAACCGAUUAACCAUUGACACCGACCUCGUUCUCCAUGGCAACCAUGAAGACUCUGACUCUAACUCCUCCCACUCCACCCAUGACUAUUCCCACCAGCCUCCACCUUCCCAUAACCCCCUGCUUCCUACCCAGAAGCCUCAACAGCGGACGCUGUUGGCGACUGGAGGCGACACGGACCGCUGGGUGGAGGAACAGUUCGACCUGGAUUGCUACGUCGACCAGGGAGGAGUGACGGGGGAAGAGAGGAGGAUGGAGGGAAGGAUGGAGGGAGGGAUGGAGGGAAGGAUGGAGGGAGGGAUGGAGGUGAAAGAGACUGAUAUUCUGAGCGACGAUGACGAGUACUGUAAGUCAGUCAGGGCUUCAUCAGCCGAACCCAGCCUACUGGAGGAGAGGAGCCAAGACCAGGUCAGAGGGGUAGAAGAGGAUGAGGAGGAGGAGAGGAGCCAAGACCAGGACAGAGGGAUAGAAGAGGAGGAGGAAGAUGUGGAGGGAAAGAAAGAUGAGAGGAGACAGAACGGAGAGUUGAAGGAAGAGAGGAGGAGCUCCCAGGGUGUUCUCCAAGAGGACGAGGGGGGUGAAAGGGGUAAGGUACGGGUAGACUCUGACUCCCCCUCUAAAGACAAUGCCUCCCCCGUCCCUCCCACCUCACGGUCCCCCGCACCCCCGGUGAAGCUUACACCCCUAAGGAAGCAAUGGGCCACGGAGGGCGUGGCCGGGAAGCAGUGUUCCGUGGAGGGAGUGGCCGAGAAGGACCACUGUGAUGUCAUCUGGGUGCGACGCGAAGACUACGCCAAUGGAGGGAACAACGACAUCUUCUGAGACUGAGGGAGGGAGUGAGCGCGGGAUGAACAGCAGACAGAGAGGAAGAGAAGAGAGGGAUCAACGCCUCCUAGGGGGAAGGGGGUAUAACAGAUGGGAUAAAACAGACGCUCCAAGGGUGUAUCCACUAGGAACCAAACAGAAGCAAACAGGGAGGGACUAACCUGAACUUGUCCAAUAAGAAACACUCGUUUUCAUUGCAAAACGUUUUUCCAUUACAAAAUGAUUCGCUACGGUGUGCACUAAUGAAUUGAACCCAGGCCAUCGCCCACCUUGUCCUGACAAUCCUACUGACUUCUCCUUCCAUCGCCCACCUUGUCCUGACAAUCCUACUGUCUUCUCCUUGGUGGCAGACUCACAGUCUCACAAUGCCUCAACUGAACUGCUAUCCGAUGGGAGACAGAGGCCACACACACACACACACACUGGACUAUGACGUCUUCACUGAACUAUGAUCUUGUUGCCAAAAAAAAAAAAAAAAAAGUAUAUUUUUCAAAAAGCAGGAAUAAUGGGUCAUAUUUUUGCUUCUCUGACUUAGAAACUGUGUUUGUAACACUCAAGGGCUGUGUGUAACUUCUAAACCUUGUCUGCGUCUCAAAUGCUACCUUAUACCCUAUUUAGUGCACUACGUUUGACCAUAGGGAGCCUAAACCUUGUCUUCAGAGGCUAUAGACUGCUGUGUAUAGAUCGUUAGAGGACUCAACUUGGAUACAAAGAGGAGAUCUCUUUCCAUCUCUAUGGUAGACAACCCUGCUAGCUUUACCGCACUUAUACUGUUCUCUAUAUCGGCUGCUGACAGCACUCAGAGCAACUGUCCAAUCAUAACGCAUUGUCUUUUCUAAAAUAACAUCCUUUUUAUUAACACUCACUUUUCCCAACAUUUGUUUUCAAAUCUUGAUUUUGUUGACUGUGGAGAAAUCUUUUUUUUUUUUUUUUUUUUUUUUGUUUGUUUGUUUACAUGACAUCCAGUGUUAUUCACUCCCUGACCCUCGCAUGGGACAGGAUAAUAUGACUUCCUGUUUUACUUGAAUUUUCUUUUGGAGUUUUGUUUGACGGAACGCCUGCUGUUACUGACUGCAAAGCAGGAUCAAUGAGUUACCCAGCUAACGUUGACAAACAACCAGAAAUAACCAUCAUUUUUCUGGUUCAUUAAGAAAAGCUAAACUUGGAUAUGUGUUUUUUGGUUCUCGAGUCAAUUUGACCAUGCCAAUUUCAAGCUUAUCUUUAAAGUAAGAAGUUAUUUUCAGAAUAUUUAAGUAAGCAAGUAAGCUGGCUAACUCAAUAAAUAUGCUAUGUAGUAUACCCACCUGGACUGCUGCCGAUGUCGACCCUACCACUAUGUCACGCUGCCUUUAAAAUGCUCCUCAGAUCUGGGAAAGAUGAGGUUCCGACUGGGAAGUAGCUACUUGAACGACCCCAUCCCAAGUUGGAAUUCCAAGUGGGAAAGUUGGAGGUAAUUUUGAUAUCCCUAGUUUACGAGUUGUGAUGUAUUCAUCACUGACUUUUCUCACCUUUUUCAACCAAAAGAUAAAAGCAAAUAAACAUUUCUGACAUCAUCUAACAUACUGUAUCAAUGUGGAUAAUGUAGCUAGUUGACAACAUUAUCAACAUUAAGAAAACUAGCCAACUUUAUCAUUAGCAAUGUUAGCUAGCUCAUCUAACUAGCUAAAAUCUUAUUGGUUGAAGAAUUGUUUCCGAAUUCAAAAGCAAUUGAACAAAGUAAUGUCAGACUUUCUAACUGGGAAAUGUUUCAGUUCCAACAAGCGUUUGAAGGCAGCAUUAGCUUCUGACUAACUCUUAAAGGAGCUUUCCUUAGCUUCUGUUUCCUCCUGUGGUUGUACGACAAGUCACAAUCAAGGCAGCAAAUAAAGCAAAGACAAAAACCUUUUUCGAAACACUCAGACACCUGUUCUUCUUUUUUGGUUUUGAUUUUGCACUUUCGAAGACCCGCCCCAUCAGUCCUCCGAAACAAAAACAAAAACAACCGCUGGGGCCACUCUGCUGAGUGGAAAUAGAAACUAAAGAGUGCUCCUUUUAAAGCAGAACAAACCUUCCCUGGUUGCCAGAUAUGUGUGGUUGCCAGAUAUGUGUGGUUGCCAGAUUAGUGUGGUUGCCAGACAUGUGUGGUGUACUACAUAGCAGGAUCAAUGAGUUAACCAGCUAACUUCCCUAAAUAUUCUCAAAUAACUUUAUUUAUUUAGAAAGACAAGUAACUUACUGUCUAUUCCCAACCAGUGGUCUAUUUCCUAUUUCUCACAGAACAUGAAUUCUACUGUCCCCACUAGGAGGGCUACUGCUAAACUACUGUGCUUUCUCUCCCACACUGUCCUGUUCUACGUCUAUCUAAUACUCAUCGCACAAACACAGAACACUGUACGUCUCUAAAACUAACACAGACCAGUGCACCUUUAUGGAUGAAUUCAAACUGCACUUAUAAUCAACCACGGGACAGAAUUACAUGGAACCGUGAGUCUUUCUGAUCAACACAACAAAUAUACAGGAUUAAAAACAGGACCUGGGGUUUUACCUACAACAAGAAACACUCUGGCUCCAGUUAUAGCUAUAUAUAUAUAUAUAUAUAUAUAUAUAUAUAUAUAUAUAUAUAUAUAUAUAUAACAAGGGCCCCGAGUUGUUACUCGUUAGUUAACAAAAUCAUGCGGAUAAAACUCCUGGCUCCUAGUUAGCAAUGAGACCUAUAUGCAGGAUUUUCAGGAAAAACAUAGGUUGUUGUUGUUGUUGUUGUUGUUGUUGUUGUUUAAUUGAUAGUUGUUAGGGUUAGCACACAUGGCAAAUAAAUGACCUAUGCUACUACUACCCCUGAGAUUGGAUGAGUCCCAAACCGAACCCUACCCCCUAUAUAGGGCACUACUUUUGCCCAGUUCCCCACAGGGCUCUGGUCUAAAGUAGUGCACUAUGUAGGGGAUAGGGUUCCGUUUGGGAUGCAUCCAUUGUGAAGUACAAUCGCUGGUCUAGAGGUGAAUCUUGUGACUUCCUUUUGACUUUCCCCCUCUUUUGUAUUUUGCAUUUUUAAAACUGUGUUCGUACAUAGGACUGUGGAUUACCAUUAAUAUAACUAUUAUUAUUACUAUUGUUAUUAUUAUUAUUAAAACAAUUACAUUUCUUAUCGGA